AUGCCGGCCGCGACGAUGUUUUCCAAGUUCAAAAGUAGCGCCACCAGUGCACCGCCACAAAACUCCUACGACAACAAUCCUAUCACGCAGUACUUUGAAAUAGGAAAGCAAGUCGCCUGCGCCGGACCGGAGCUGAUAUGGAAGAUCCACGAAGGUUUCCGGAAAACGGAUGGAAAGGAAUGUUCCAUCUUUGUGUUCGAGAAACGAACGGCGGAAAAGCUGCACAAACCGAAACGGAAAGAGACGGUUACGGAAAUUUUACGAGCCUCCGUGAAGCAGCUGGAAAGGUUUCGACACCCGAAGAUCCUACAGAUCAUGCACACCGUGGAGGAAAGCUCGGAGACCCUGUCGUUCGCCACCGAGCCCAUCAUUGCCAGCUUGGCCAACAUCCUCGCCUACCACGAGGCAGGAGGGAUAAUUACGGGCCCACCGAUCACCGGGGCUUCCGGGCAGCACUGCCCAAACAGCAUGUCCGCCAAUCGACCAGCCCAUGCGAAGGAAUACACCUUUCUGGACAUCGAACUGAAAUACGGAAUCCUUCAGAUUACCGAAGCGCUAUCGUUUCUUCAUUACUCGGGCCAAGUCAUACACAAAAACGUGUGUCCUUCGUCAAUCCUAAUCACUAAGAAAGGCACUUGGAAGCUGGCCGGUUUUGAAUUUACCGAACGCAUCAACGAAACUGACGCCACCGAUCCAGUACCUUGUCAACCGUGGUCAUCCCGAGCAUCGAAGCUGGUUCAGCCGAAUCUAGACUACAUGGCGCCAGAGAUUCAAAUCAACAGCAGCUGCAGCAUAUUGAGUGAUAUGUUCUCUCUUGGAAUGGUCGUAUGUUCCAUUUUCAACCACGGCCGCUCGUUAAUACAGUCUGGAAACUCUCCAUCGGCAUACAUCAAGCAGAUGGAACUGCUAGAUGAAGCCGUGCACAACAUCCUCCCAAGAAUACCGAUUCCUCUACAGGAGGCAACCACACGACUCUUGAAGAAAUCGCCUGGCGCUCGUCCGACAGCUCAGCUACUGACACUCAUCAAAUACUUCAGUGACCCGGCUGUGCAGGCGCUACAGUUUCUGGACGUGAUCAACAUGAAGGACCCGACGCAGAAGACGCACUACUACCGUAGCACCCUCAGAGAGGUCUUACCCUUCAUCCCGCGGAAACUAUGGUGGCAACAUAUCUGGCCUAAUCUGCAACAAGAAAUGCGAGCUGAUGAAGUCCUGGCUGCAGUACUGCAGCCUGCACUCACCCUAGUCCAAGAAUCUUCGAACACGGAAUACGAAGCAAUCAUUUUACCUACCUUUAAGACUGUUUUUGUAGCUCCAAAAUCUAUACAAGCAACCGUAGCGUUAUUAGAAAACUUACAUAUUAUCCUAGAAAAAACACCACGAGACGAUAUACGGACUGAAGUUUUACCCUUGCUGUUCAACGCCCUCGAAAGCACGACGAUACAGGUACAGAGUGCGGCGCUCGUAGCAGUUACAAAUGUGUACGAUUAUUUGGACGAUAUCACGAUCAAAAAGCUGGUGCUACCGAAACUAAAGGCAGUGUUUGAGAAGAACCAAAGUGAUUUGAAAAUCAUGGGCAACGUACUGCAGUGUGUCGAAAGGACGUUAGAUAAACUAGAUAAGUCUCAGAUAAUCGACGAGGUGCUCCCUUUACUGCUCGAGGUUCGACUCACCGAUCCGGACAUAGUGGUGCGAGUAGUCAAUAUCUACCGAAUCAUGCUGUGUGACAAAAAGUAUGGCUUAACCGUAAAUAUCAUGGCGACCAAGGUGAUGCCCACGCUGCUGCCGCAAACCGUGAACCCGACGUUGAAUCUGGAACAGUUCAUGAUCCUUCUGGAGGUGCUUCAAGAAAUGUUGGACCAAAUAGAUAGACAACAACGUAAUAAAUUGAAGCUGGACAAUCUUUCGCUACCGUCACCAGACCGUCACCGACCACUGCGGCACCAGUUCUCGUCGGACAACAUGAACGCCCAACAAUUUAACAUUCCGAAUCUUCGAAUCGAUCAACGCAAAACAUCGAGCGCAGAGGACAUGGCGCGGAAGAACUCGACAGGAUCGGGUGCUCUAGGUAGCUGGUGGUUCGGCGGAUCGCCGUCCUCGCCGGACAGCAACUUCCUGCGUGUGGUGAACGCCUUCCCGAACCGGCGCCUGUCCGACAACACUCUUAUGACACCGAAAAUACGAAUCGCACCGUCUUGUGCUUCGUCUCCGGGUGGAACCCCGGGCGGAGGACUACCCAUAAGACGUCACUCGAGCAUUGGUCCACAGGAACGACGAGGCUCCAAUAUCAAUUUGUCACCACCAACUCUUGCACGGAGCAUGAUCGGAGGCUCGAUGCCGAACACUUCGAGCAGUGUUCCAUUCUUACUAUCGUCGAGCAUGCAAUCAAUAAGGAGCCGUCGUACCUCGACCGUGCUCUCGUCCGGACCGCUCGGUUCCGGUUCCGGUCUGCUCCAACAGCUCGGUUCCGGCAUGCGACAGUUGUACGCACUUAUGACUAAAGAUAGAUUCACGGUCAGCAGUAACACUAGUCCACAGGCACCAACUGCCAAACCACAGGGAGCCCUAUCUGCAUCGGCAACUUCUCUCAACACUGCUACGACCACCACUAGCACAGUCCCUCACAGCAGCAAGCUAGCCACAGGCGGUACAGGCACCUUUGCCAACUUUACCUCCGCCAUCACGGUCAACGAUGCUUCAACAACUCUUUCGUCCAUCACGCAGAUCGUAAGAACGCCAACAAUCAGUUGUCCCACGGCGUUACCCAUCACGACCACUACCAAAUGUCCAUCGCCCAGUAAUUCUCGGGCCGUCUCUCCUGGUACUGGGCGGGCGAACAGCCUCGGAACCACACCAGUAGUAGUCACAGGUGGUUCUGCUAGAGCUUCGUCCGUAACGCAUGUCUCCAACUUUACAACCUCGCGCGUAUCGGUUCUACUUUCUCCAACCACUUUGCCUACUGUCGGUGCGUCAUCAGCUAAAUCACCCACCUUAUUCGGUAGCGGUGGUAACCGUUAG